UCACGACUUUUGACAGCGCUGGUUGGUUUCUGUGUUUAGUAUGUAGGGCACAACAGAAAUCAUUAUAUCGAAUAGAAUGACCCUCUUCCCAACCGGCCACCGCCAGAGCGGAGUCUCGAAAUUCUCUGUCGACCCUCCAAUUCCCCCCUUAUCCCGAUCCUACUCUCCAUUCCAAUAGCUUCUAAUCCACAAAUUCUAAUCUCAGUUUCGAACCUUGUUGAUUUGACAAAAUUAGGGUUCUUUCUGUCACUUGGUUUGUUUUUGUUCCCUUUUCAUAUUUUCUACCUCUGUUGGGAGGGAGGGUGUGUGUUUCUAUUCUCAUGAUGGAUGUUGCGACUGGUUGCAACAACUGUAGCAGUAGCCAGUUUGUUAGCGGGUCGGAGGAGUCCUGCGGCGUAUGCGGACGCACUAGCGGCGGCGAGGCGGGUGAGGGGCAGUAUUGGACGGUGAUGGAAGGCGGCGUAGUUGAAUACCAGGGGAAUCGAGUGCUCGAUUGCGUUCCCAAGUUGGUGGCUGGAGCCAUCUCUGGUGCGCUGACGGGGAUUUUCGCUUUAGCGGGAGCUUGUACAGGAGCAAUCACAGGUGCUUUUGCUGGUCGAGCCUCAGAUUGUGGAGUACUUCGGGGAGCUGGGCUGGGUGCAGUUGCUGGUGCAGUGCUUUCUGUUGAGGUGUUGGAGGCUUCUCGCGCUUACUGGGGUUUGGAACAGUCUGGUUCCCGAGGGCCAUCCUCCAUGGCAGAUUUCAUAGAAGAGCUUUUCCGGGGGAGGUUUAUUGAUCAUGAGCUUACACCAGCCAUGUUAACUGCUUACCAUUGGCAGCAGUUGAGCGUAACCAACAUAAGCAAUGAAGAGACGAACGACGUGUAUGGGGAAGUGGUACCCAGAGGGUUAUCUGGAGAGUUUCUUGACAAGCUGCCGUGUCAUGAAAUCAAAGCGAUGCAAACUGUCUUCUGCACCAUAUGCCUCCAGGAUAUUGGGAAAGGAGAGAUGGCCCGAAGUUUGCCUAAAUGUCAACACACGUUCCAUAUGGGCUGUGUGGAUAAGUGGCUCGUAAGGCAUGGCUCUUGCCCUGUUUGCCGCCAGGAUGUAUAGUUUAGCUUGCUUGCUUUACUUUGCUUUCCUGUAAAUAUCCUUCCUUUUUUGUAUGUCUAUAUUUAUAUGGUGGGAGAUAGCGCUGGAGUAAUAAUGAAGGUUGAGUUUGCUUGUAACUGCAACUAGAUUUGUAUUUUCCAUCAAUGAGUUGUUUGAAGCUUUGCUUGCGGCAGGAUUACUGUGUCCCGGGAUCUGACACUCUGCUUCAUCAAUAUAAUUGUUAGUACCCUCUUAUCGCA